UGCUGUGGACAUAUCGCUGUAUCCAGCUUUUGGCCUCUUUCACCCCCUUCGUGAUGGCUGGUGGUCAAUGCCGGACAGAAAUUAGUAUUCUUGGUAUGGCUCUCGAUGGUUUGGUCUUCAAAAGGAUGUCAGUAACAUCCCCACAUCAGUGUGAAGUCCAUUGCGAAAGAGAAAUCACUUGCCAAAGCUAUAACUACGUCAUAGGGGAGAAAAAUUGCGAAUUGAAUAACCGUACCAAGGAGGCGAGGCCACAAAAUUUCCGCUCUGACACUGCACGGUUUUAUAAGCGACGUUCUGUGGACAGAGUUCCUUUGGGUUCUAUUCCUGAAUUACCAGCGGUAUCUUGCCAAGAAAUACAGGCGAGUGAAGGCAAAUACAACAUUAGCAACAAGUACUGGUUGGAUACCAGGAGCACGGGACAGGCUGAAAUGGUUGAUUGCAGUGACUCAGUAAAGGUUUGUGACACUAAUCCUUGUAAGAACGGCGGAACGUGUGUAGCGGCACCCAGUGCAAAAAUCUAUAAAUGCAAAUGUACGGAUACAUUCACAGGCAUUAAUUGUUCAGAACCAAAACCCGUGGUGUAG